UCUAGUGGAGUUCUGCUUUCGCUUUCGAGGAAAGGAAACACGUAAUUGAUCGUUAAAUAGCAGCCGCAGUAUUUUUCUGACAAGAUUAAACGAUCUCUGGCAAAGUGUAGCGACAUUUGCAGCUCUCGCAGGGAGCGCGGGAGAAAAUCGCGAGUCACAGCUGAGUGAAGAAUUUCCAGUCAACAAAUACUCGCGCAGAGAUGCCAAAGUACUAUUGCGACUACUGCGACACUUACUUGACGCACGACUCUCCUAGCGUCAGGAAGACCCACUGCCAGGGUCGAAAGCACAAGGAUAAUGUCAAGUACUUUUACCAAAAGUGGAUGGAGGAGCAGGCGCAGCACCUCAUCGAUGCCACCACUGCAGCUUUCAAGGCUGGAAAGAUAGCGUCUAAUCCCUUUGCUGCCAACAAGGGCGCUGCCAUUCCGCCACCGCCGAGUCUAGGCCCGAGACCUGGAGUCCCACCGCAGGGCCCACCGAACAUGAUGCACCCUCCAGGGAUGCACGGAGGUCCGAUGGGGCCUGGUGGUCCGAUGAUGAUGGGGCCCCACGGACCAAUGGGACCUAUGAUGGGAAUGAGACCGCCAAUGAUGGGGCCCAUGGGCCCAAUGGGACCAAUGAUGGGACCCAUGGGACCCAUGGGGCCCAUGAGACCACCAAUGAAUGGGCCACCACCACCCAUGGGCGGACCACCGCAGCUGAAGACGUGAAAAUAAUAAUGAUAGUUGAAAAAAUUGAUGUUCAGAGAC